CACUCGCCCGCCGCCGCACGCCGCCGCACGCCGCCUGCCUCCUGCACGCCGCCGCCGCGCCGAGCACCCGGGCCCGCGACGCCGCCCGCUGAGCGCCGGGCCGAGUUCACGCAGCCGCGGUCGGGCGGCCCCGCGGCGGCGGCGGGCGCAGGCGGCCUGGCCGGGGCAGGUUAAAAGGACGAGUUGCAAACACUUCAGGAAGUGACAAGUCGAUUUCCUCCUCCCCGGGAGCCGCUCGUACAAAGCGCUCGGCGCCGGCAAGCGAGCGUGCGCGCGGCGGACGCGCGGCGGGCAGCCCGGACGACUUGGCGAGCGCUGGCGGUGACUGCGCGGGGUCCGCGCCCGGAGCGCCCCGCCGCGCACAGGAGUUGACCACACUUGGCCAUUUCCCAGAAGGUCCCACCCCAAGGGGAUGUGGCCAGUGGGAAGCCGUUUCUGCUGACAUCAAUUCAGGAGGUACGCAUCCCAAAUCUGCCCAAGUGAAGAUGGCUCAUGCCCACCCUGGGAUGGAGCCCAGCACCUGAGGUCCUUAUCAUGGUGAUGAUCCUAAGUGAAAGCCUCAGCACCCGGGGAGCGGACUCCAUCGCAUGCGCGACCUUCAGCCCUGAACUGCACACGCCAAAGAAGAUGAGUCAAGGACCUACACUUUUCUCUUGUGGAAUUAUGGAAAAUGACAGAUGGCGAGAGCUGGACAGGAAAUGCCCUCUUCAGAUUGACCAACCAAGCACCAGCAUCUGGGAAUGCCUGCCUGAAAAGGACAGCUCGCUCUGGCACCGGGAGGGAGUGACCGCCUGUGCUGUGACCAGUCUGAUCAAAGACCUCAGCAUCAGUGACCACAACGGGAACCCCUCAGCACCCCCUAGCAAGCGCCAGUGCCGCUCACUGUCCUUCUCCGAUGAGAUGUCCAGCUGCCGGACAUCAUGGAGGCCGUUGGGCUCCAAAGUCUGGACUCCCGUGGAAAAGAGACGCUGCUACAGCGGGGGCAGCGUCCAGCGCUAUUCCAACGGCUUCAGCACCAUGCAAAGGAGCUCCAGCUUCAGCCUCCCUUCCCGGGCCAACGUGCUCUCCUCCCCCUGCGACCAGGCAGGACUCCACCACCGAUUUGCAGGGCCGCACUGCCAAGGGGUGCCAGGCUCAGCCCCCUGUGGACAGGCAGGUGACACCUGGAGCCCUGACCCGUACCCUGUGGGAGGGGGCCGGCUGGACCUGCAGCGGUCCCUCUCUUGCUCACACGAGCAGUUUUCCUUUGUGGAAUACUGUCCUCCCUCAGCCAACAGCACACCUGCCUCAACGCCAGAGCUGGCGAGACGCUCCAGUGGCCUUUCCCGCAGCCGCUCCCAGCCAUGUGUCCUUAAUGACAAGAAGGUCGGUGUUAAAAGGCGGCGCCCUGAAGAAGUUCAAGAGCAGAGGCCUUCUCUAGACCUUGCCAAGAUGGCACAGAACUGUCAGGCCUUCAGCAGCCUCAGCUGCUUGAGCGCAGGGACGGAGGACUGCAGCCCCCAGAACCCCUUCGCCUGCCACGUCAGCACCACCAGGGCCUGGACCGCCCUGCUCUCAGCCUCUGGCCCAGGGGGCAGGACCCCCGCUGGGACCCCAGUCCCUGAGCCUCUUCCCCCUUCCUUCGACGACCACCUCGCCUGCCCGGAGGACCUGUCCUGUGAGGAGUCAGACGGCUGCGCCCUGGACGAGGAUUGCGGCAGGAGAGUGGAGCCGGCCACAGCCUGGAGGGACCGUGGGGUCCCCGGGAACAGCCUCUGCUCCCUGGAUGGCGAGCUGGACAUCGAGCAGAUAGAGAAGAACUGAGGGGCACGGGCCCAGGUAGGGCUGCGUGUGCUGGAAUCCACAGCCCUCCCCCUGGGCACUAGGUAGGCCCUUGAAGGGGAGCCCAACUCUUGGGCCUGAUGAAAGCUUCCUGAGCAGUGUGGGGUCCCAGAGAGGGAGCCCACCCGCUGCCUGGGGGAGAGCCUGGCCUGGCCGCGCCACACAGCUGGGUGUCAGCCUCUUGCCGGCUCCCCGAGCGUGCAGCCACCCUGUCCUCGGAACUACCACAGCCCAGGGAGCAGCUUUGGAGUCUGGGUCUUUUCUGCCUUUUUCCUCACGGGAUGUCGGGCAGUCCGUUGUUCCCGGCAGAGCUGGGCACCGCUCUGGAUCCCCCCGGUGGGGGCGGUCAGGGAGGACCUGGGGUGGGGGCCGGGGGCCAUCUGCUGCGCCAGGGCCCUUCGUGGCCUCGCUCAGGUUCGCUUUUGGGGAGUUGGCCCCACAGCUUCUUUCACUCAGUUCUAUUCUGUGCCUUCUCUCCCGGGGCUCCCUGCUUCAGGCUUGGGAAGGUUCGGGAGAUGCUUCUUUCUGUAACACCAGAACCAUUUGGCCUUAAUUCCAAGUGUGAGAGACAGAAUCCCUGGGGUACUGGACUGGCCCUCCAGAGGGUGAGCCUGUGUCUGGAGUCUCAGGCCCAAGGAGCAGCUUGGAGGGGGCUUGUUAGGGGCCUUCCACGCUGGGUGGAAGUUUGGUGGAUCUGUUGGCUGAAAAGACAGACUCGCUGUGUCUCCUGCAGCAUGGAGAGCCGGGCCCCGUGGUUCCGCCACCGUUGAGGCAGGUUAGCAGAUGGCAGCCCUUCUCUGUGGCUGGCUGGUCACUGAGUGAUCAAUGUGGUUGAUUCCGGUGAUCAUAGGGAUGGCGCGAUACCAGGGGGUGUCUCUUGAAAAUGACCUCGGGAGACAGGAGCUGCAAGCGGGUGCACAGACGCAGGAGCUGUGCACAGUCAGGAGUGAGGGGCGUCCUCUGGCCGCUCUGCAGGGGCCCCUGCAGGAUUCCAAGCACCUCCUAUUUGUUCUUGAGGACUGCUGACUGUAACCAGGGUGUACCACCCACCCCAAGACAAGCCCACACCCAUGUCAGCUUAGGGGGAGCCCAGUUCUGAAGGCUGUGUCUGCCAUAGGCCCAGCCACGGGCACAAAGCUGGAUUCAUACUCCCUGCCCCACCCCUCUCCCGCCCUGGCUCCCUACCCGGGGGCCUCCGAGGAGCCUGGGCCCCUGAGAGUUUGCUCCCGGGCAGCUCCUCUCCCUGCCAUGCAGACACCAUCACGUGGGCUCUGCGCUAUGGGAAUCUGGCUUUUAGCGAACUUGGCGUCUUCCGCAGACAAUAGCAAUUGGGCUGGCUUAGGAACAAGUGGCUCGUUUUCCCAUAAGGCUAAAAAUAACUGGCGCGCUCCUUGCGUUGGCUGACAUGCGUUCAAAGCACUUUCGUAGACAUUUUGCUUUUGCUCGUCUUCCGUGGACGAGUGAAUGCCUCGCUUCUGCAGGUCGAGUCCAGGUGGUUCUAACCCUGUUUCUCCUGAAGAGAAAGAUGCUUUUCGGGAAACUUUGUUUAAACCUUCUUUUUAAACUGCAUCAAAAGGGUGGUGGUUUAAAUUCCAAUAUGUGGGUGGCGUUUCUUAAAAAUCAGCUGUAAGACUCUGGCAGAAAGCCCCCAGCCCCGCGGCCCUGAGAUGGUGUUGCCAGCUCAGGGUGGGUGGCACAUGGGGUGUGCCAGGCGCCGGGCAGGUCCCAGAGUUGGGGAACCAGCUUGCCUCCAGUGGCUGUAACUCCUGCCAGAGGCACAUCUACUUGUGACCCUGGACAGCCAAACCCAUAGCUGGGGGCUCUGAGCAGACAGAGACCUCGUGCCCUGUCCCUGCCUAGGGGUCAUGGAGACCACAUCCUCUUAGAGCAAGUGUGGAGGAGGCCGGGCAGUUGUUGGGUGAAUGUGGAGGGCACAAUCCCAUGCCUUGCCCCCAGAGUACCACUGGGCACAGGAGGUCCUGGCACCACACUCCUGUGUGGCCACCGAGGACACACCACCUCUAAAGCAGGCUUUCCUGUGGAACGCAGAGGCAGUAAGGGAGGCAGGCGGUGCCAGCCGAGGCUGAGGUGUGCAGCAGCCCCCAGCUCCCUUUGCUUAGGGCUGGAAUGGGAGGCACAGGGUGUUAAGUGUGUGUCGUGGAGCUGGGGGGAGAUGACCUGCCCUCACCCUGCAUGUCACCUCCCCACUCAGGCCUGGUGGCGGGGUGGGACAAGCAAUGGAGCUGACCAAGUCACAGCCACCUCCCCGCCUCCCUCAAAGCUGGUCCCAUCCACCAGCAAGCUCAGCCGCAGGGUGCUGAGGCAGAAAUGACCCAGCCUCCUCAGACCCCGCCUGCCUGUCCUGUGCCCACCACAGCUCCUAGCCAAGGCCCACCAUGCAGCAGUCAGGGGAGAAAAUGGCAGCUGUCCCUUCUGCUUAGAGAAAGAGAUGGCCUUCAGCUGCUUUCAUAUUUGUCUUUUGACUGGAGAGAGUAGACCCCAUCUAUAGCUGCCACCCCAUCAUCCAAGCCACCACACCACCUGGAGCAGCCUGCCACCCUGCUGGCCCCGGGGCUUCUGGUCUCAGAGCUCUGGGAGAGAGGCUCGCCCAGGAGAUGCCCCCCUCCCCAUGUUGGUGUUCUGCAGGCAGCAGACAGCCCACCCCCACCAGCAUAAUGGCCCCAGCCAGGGGCAGCGGCAGAAGCCUCACUUUUGCCCACGAGCCCUGCUUCUGAGGGGAGACUGAGGAAGGGCAGGGCCAGGAGCGAGCCUUGCCAGGCCACCUCCCUGCUCUUGGGGUCCUGAAGAGUGGGCUAAGCCUGCAGGAAAGCCAGGUGGGAGGAGGGGCUUUGUGCCACACGAAACCCACUCAUUGUAAAGCCACCCAACUGCCCGAGGCUGCCGUCCACCCGUGGGGCUGGGACCGCGGCCACAGCCUCGCUGUUUUCAUCGCCACACCCUCUUGCCUUACUCGCGGUGGAGGCCGGAGCUGCCCUGGGCCACGGGCCCACAGGGAGCUUGUUCUGACCAGACGUACAGAUUUUCAUCCUCAGAAAGCCUUACGUUUCAACAGAUCUUUUGUAGCCAGUUUUGUGAAUUUGUACACUGAAAGAAAAUUUAAAGGGGAAGUCCAUAUUAAGAAGAAAACCAACCCCAACUUCCAAAUGGGUCUCCUGGCGUGGGGGCGUGAGUGGCCGCGCCCUAGCUGUGCUGCCUGUCUGAGCAAGCUUCCCCAGCUGCGGAACCCCUGGCCCCCCGCUGCGGGCUCAGCCUUGGUGUCACGCCCACUGCACCCCCGUUUCCGCUGAUGUGCCGUCGGUGGCUGCGGGGGUGGUUGCUUGAAUCAUGGCCACUCUAGACGCCGGCCGGCAGGGAGGCAGCAGGCUGGCUGCGCACCGGGGCUGAGGCACCUGGCCCCACGCUGGCAACGAUGCCACACCUUGCCAUGUCCACGCUGUUGGUCAAACCCCUUUGUCAUGCCUCUUUAAAGAGAAAAGAAGAGAAAGAUUUUUUUUUUUUUUUUUAAUGGCAGACCGAAUGGAGAUCUUUUAGCCUAGGUAGGAUAGUCUGACCUUCUAGCGUAGUCUUUUUGGCAAAUGAUUUGUGUUUUCACGCGUGGGGAAGCUGUCCUGGAGGGUCGGACGACAGAUAGCACAGAGGCUGUCUCGGGGUUCGGGAGCUUCCCGAGCUGGACGGUGUGGGUGUUGCAGAGCUUCAGGAAGUGUGGCGGGCAGAAAGCAGAGACCCGGGGCCCAGGCCUGCCGCCCCCUCGGCCUGGCCUCCGCGCACAGGCCGUGGCUUGCACUCCAGCCGCUCUAGUCUCUCAGGAAUUUGCUUGUUACUUUUACUGUGUAAAUAAAGCUUCCUGGUUCAGUCCCCA